AUGUACAACGCAGUGGCAGAAAAUGUCCUAGGCACCAUAGGAACGGUUUGCUGGUGUAUCCAGUUGGUACCCCAGAUUAUAAGAAACUACCGUAAAAAGGAAUGUGAAGGUCUUCCACCCAUGAUGAUGUUUCUCUGGGCUGCCAGUGGAGUCCCGUUCUCCAUCUAUUUUUUUGGAACCAACGGAUCAAUUCCCCUUCGAAUCCAACCACAAUUAUUCACAUUUUUCUGUGUCAUUUCAUGGAUCCAAACCUUGUAUUAUCCACCCGUGAAAUUGAGCACACGCAACAUUUUGUUGCAAAGCAUUGCAUUCCUUGUUGUAGCGGUAGGACUUGAGGUUGGGUUUAUCCUUUGGUUGCGUCCGGUCUAUGAACAUGGUACUCAUUGGCCCAUGCUCGUGAUUGGCAUAAUUGCAUCUGUGCUUCUCGCCGUGGGACUUGUUCCUCCAUAUUUCGAGUUAGCAAAGCGCCAGGGCAGAGUUAUAGGCAUCAACUUUGUGUUUUUGACGAUGGACUCUAUGGGAGCUUUUCUUUCGCUUCUCAGUAUUGUGUUCGGCACCAUGGAUAUCAUGAGUAUGGUGUUGUAUGCCAUUGUGCUCGCCAUGGAGUUGGGAAUUUUUGCUAGUCAUACCAUAUGGUACUUGCGGUUUGGAAGACAAUUGAAGAAAGAACAGAAGGAAGACCUUGAACAGAAACUUGAACUGGAAUCUCUGACAUCAGGAGAGUUGUAA